GUUGUCUGAUACUUAUUUUAAGGGUCUCGAGUAACCUAGUGAUUGCCAAGGUUCCUGGUCCCCUUAAAUAUAUUUGACAGUUUCCCGUAGCAAUUCGUUAACUGUCAUGGACUGGAAGGACGGUCAACCAGGACAAGGGCAAGGUGGCAAUGGGGAAGCUCCAGGUCCCAUUCCUGCUGGACUGGAGGCACUUUACGCAGCUUGUCGAAAAGUUUAUCCAGACCAGCCAAACCCCCUUCAGGUUACCGCUCUUGUCAAAUAUUGGUUAGGUGGUCCAGAUCCUCUGGACUACAUCAGCAUGUAUGCUAACCCAGGUGAUGAAAAACAGGGGAUUCCUCCUCACUGGCACUACGUCAGUUUUGGAUGCUCAGACCUCCAUGGUGAUGGUAGAGUUCAUGAAGUGACAGGACCAGAAAAUCCAAGUGGAUUUGGCUUUGAACUAACAAUGCGCCUCAAAAGAGAACCAGAAGAAAAAAGUCCACCCACUUGGCCAGCAGCAAUUAUGCAAGCCCUUGCAAAAUAUGUUUUUCAGUCUGAAUCUACAUUAUGUGUGGGUGACCAUGUUUCCUGGCACUGCCCUCUGGACAAUAGUGAAUCACGUGUCCAGCAUAUGUUAAUGGGUGAGGACCCUGAAUUGGGUAAUGUGGAAACACCCAAUGGACCUGUUCAAUUUGUACAGAUUGUUGGAGUAACAACAGAAGAAUUGAGAGCAGCUCAACAUUGGAAUGGGCUAGGGGUCAUAGAUAUCAUCAAGAGAAUGCCUGGCGCAGGAGGGCCAUGGAUGGUUACUGAUAUGCGUAGAGGCGAAAGUAUUUAUGAAUUAGAACCCUCUGUUGCUGAAGAGAUUGAAUCUGGCAUAGAAAGUGAAGGUUCCAAUUUAUCUGGCGUAUCUGCAAGAAUUGCCUGGGCUGAAGGAGAACAUGAGACAUUUGCUUGGCAAAAGACCAUUGGCCUAAAACUAAGAUGAGGAAAAUUUUUUGGUAAGUUCUAAAUUUAUAGUAAUUCAAGCUUUAAAGCUUAUUUUUGAUGUUUGAAGAUGAUGAUAAAGGUAGUAU